AGCCGUUUGAGAGCGCGACAGGGCUUACAGCGCAAACACCGGAAUUGUGAUGCGCACGAGCCCUUCCUUAUCCUCUUCUUCUCCUUCCUCUUAUUUUUCUUCCUCUGGGCUGGAAAUUCUAUGGAGUCACUGUGAUUAUUGUUGUAUUAUUGUUGUUGUGGUGCUGGUUGUGGUUCUCACAUUUCCGGCUGCCGUCACCGUUACUCACACCGCAACCGACUCGUCUGUUGCCGCCGUGAGGUGGAAAAUACUACAACAACGGUCACUUACACCGGCGGCGGACUUGCCUCACUCUCCCUGCUCACUAUCUCUGUGUGUGUGUGUGUGUGUGUGUCUGCCUCAAACCGUACCACAGAAGCAGCAGAAAAAAAAAGAAAACAGUUGAAAGCCACUGGUCUCUUCCUUCACCCUCACUCUGACUCUGCCGAGCCGAACACAAAUUAAAACAGAAAACAACACAAAAGAUGAGUUCAUAUUUCGUCAACUCGCUCUUCUCCAAAUAUAAAAGCGGGGACUCGUUACGUCCGAACUACUACGAGUGCGGGUUCGCGCAGGACCUGGCUGGCAGCCGGCCCACCGUGGUGUACGGCCCGAGCUCCGGCGCCACCUUCCAGCACGCUCCGCAAAUCCAGGACUUCUACCACCACAGCGCCUCGACGCUGCCCAGCAACCCAUACCAGCAGAGCCCGUGCGCGGUCACAUGCCACGGUGAACCAGGGAACUUCUACGGAUACGACGCGUUGCAGCGGCAGACACUUUUCGGCACCCAGGACGCGGAUCUGGUUCAGUACAGCGACUGUAAGCUGGGAGGCGCGCCCGGACUCGGGAGCGAGGACGCGGAGGGCACCGAGCAGAGUCCCUCGCCGACGCAACUCUUCCCUUGGAUGAGGCCGCAAGUAGCUGCUGGCAGGAGGCGGGGCCGCCAAACCUACAGUCGCUACCAGACCCUGGAGCUGGAGAAGGAGUUCCUGUUCAACCCCUACCUGACCCGGAAACGCCGUAUCGAGGUGUCGCACGCGCUGGCGCUGACGGAGAGGCAAGUGAAGAUCUGGUUCCAGAAUCGGAGGAUGAAGUGGAAGAAGGAGAACAACAAGGACAAGUUCCCCAGUAGCAAGAGCGAACAGGAGGCAGUGGAGAGGGAGAGGAGGGAGAAGGAGCUGCGGGAUGGCGUCAGCGGCGGAGGUGGCGGUGGUGCAGGAGGAGGAAGUGGAGAAGGAGGUGGUGGAGGAGGCUCGGUGGCAGGCACAGCGGGGUCACAGGCUUCUGUGAACGACGAUUGCUGCGAGAAAAGCCACAAGCAAAUGUAGGGGAGAAAGAAAAUGGGGUAGAUGGGGACAGGGUGGGUGUAAAUGUUAGGCAGGAUGGGGUGAGGGGUGGGCUGUUUUUUCUUAACUGAGGCCACUGGACUCCCCUGCUGUCUCCACGAUUCAAUCGUUGGAAGGGAACGUGAGUUUCUAAAAAUGGUGACUGGCUAACUAGAUGGACUUGAGAGGAAAAAAACGUGACAAUGAAGCAAGAAAACAUAGUCUACACUAGUGUUUAAAAUAAACUUAAAAAGAAGAAAAAAAAAGAUAGCUUUCUUUCUUUGUGGAACAAUUAUCGUGGAAACAUUUCUAUAUUGUUAGAAGUUAAUCAUUAACAAUUUUAUCUUUGGCAGCUGUAUAGUUUUUAAGUUAAAAUGAUGAUGAUGAUGAUGAUGAUGAUGAUGAUGAUGACGACGAUGAUAAUGGUGCACUUUUUACUGUACUUUUCACUUCUAUGUUGUUGUUAUGGCAAUGAUUGAUGAUGAUGGUGAUGACGUAGCAAUUAAUGAAAUUUCCAACAACAUGAAACUGCCUAUUUAUGCCGUUUUAGUAGGUCGAGUCUCUUUUUUACACCCUCUA